CUCAUUGCUCAGCCGCCGCCCCCGCAGCGGAGGGGUCGGGGCGGGGGUCCGGCCGCAGAUAAAGCCGAGCGGGGGACACGGGCGGCCGCGGCAGCAGCAUGAGCGGGACAGACCGGAGUCACGCUGCGGACGCGGCCCCCGACUCGGACCCGGGCCGGGCGGCAGUCGCCUCGGCCUACCAGCGCUUCGAGCCCCGAGCCUACCUCCGCAACAACUACGCGCCCCCUCGGGGGGACCUGAGCAGCCCCGACGGUGUCGGGCCUUGGAAGCUGCGCUGCUUGGCGCAGACCUUCGCCACCGGUGAGGUGUCUGGACGCACCCUCAUUGACAUCGGUUCGGGCCCCACUAUAUACCAGCUGCUCAGCGCCUGCGCCCACUUUGAGGACAUCACCAUGACAGAUUUCUUGGAGGUGAACCGCCAGGAGCUGGGGCUCUGGCUGCGAGAAGAGCCUGGGGCCUUCGAUUGGAGCGAGUACAGCCAGCAUGUCUGUCUCAUCGAGGGCAAGGGUGAAUCCUGCCAGGAAAAGGAGCGCCAGCUGCGAGCCAGGGUCAAGCGGAUCCUGCCCAUCGACGUGCACCAGCCCCAGCCCCUGGGCGCUGGGAGCCUGGCAUCCCUGUCUGCCGAUGCCCUGGUCUCUGCCUUCUGCCUGGAGGCUGUGAGUCCGGACCUUGCCAGCUUCCAGCGGGCCCUGGACCACAUCACCACACUGCUGAGGCCUGGGGGGCACCUCCUCCUCAUCGGGGCCCUGGAGGAGUCGUGGUACCUGGCUGGGGAGGCCAGGCUGGCAGUGGUGCCGGUGCGUGAGGAGGAGGUGAGGGAGGCCCUGGUGCGCAGCGGCUAUGAGGUACGGGAUCUGCGUGCCUACGUCAUGCCUGACCACCUUCGGACAGGCGUAGACGAUGUCAAGGGCAUCUUCUUCGCCUGGGCCCAGAAGAAGGUAGCGGUGUGAGGCCCCAGCCCACACGGUGCCACUGGCCCUCACCCACCUAUAUUCCCUGUUAUCUGAGGUGGCACCUAAUAAAGGAAUCAG